AUGGGGAGCCCUAGCAUUGGGAGAGGGGUCGGAUGCUGCACUUGGGUGGUCGAUCCGACUGAGAUCGAGCGGCUCCUUCCCGUCCGUUGUAUUGAUGAGCUUGUCAUCGAGAGGCCACUGGUUGGACAAGGGUAUCUCGGAGAGCCAGGCAAGACGGCAGAGAGCUUUGUACAAGAUCCGGCUAGGCUGCUGCGCGGAGGGCCUGGAUGCCCAGGAAGACAAGGCCGGCUGCACCGAACGGGAGACCUAGUGCGCUACAACGCAGACGGCACGCUGGUCUUCGUGGGCCGUGAAUAUUUCCAGGUCAAGAUCCGCGGGCAGCGGGUGGAGCUGCGUGAGGUGGGAGCACCAUGUACGGCAGAGUCCUGCGGACGACAUCGUGUCGGCCGUAGGGGCCGAGGUGAUUACACCACGAGGCAGCAUGGACCUAAUAGGGUUCAGGAAGCCAUCCAGCAGGCGACCCAGGGGCUGCAGGAGCGGCUGGGCAAGCAGCUGCCGGGGUACAUGGUACCGAGCGCGUGCAUCCCCGUGGACGAGAUUCCGACGACUGUGACGGGCAAGAUGGACCGGCGCCGACUUCGCGAGAUCGGCGGUGCGAUGAGGAGGGAGCAGCUGGCGGCACUGCAGCCUGCGCGUGGUGAACGGCGGGCGGCGACGACGGCGACGGAGCGGCGAUUGCAGGACCUGUGGGCGUCGAUCCUGGGGCUAGAGGCGGGCAGUACUGCGGCAGACUACAAUUUCUUGCGGAUCGGUGGUGAUUCCAUCGGGGCGAUGCGGCUGGUCGAGGUCGCGCGCAACCACGGACUGUCAUUCACCGUGGCAGAUGUGUUGAGCAACCCGUCCCUCGGCGCGCUGGCAGGCGCCCUGAGUGAAAUUCAUACCCUGCGCUAG